CGUGCGAUCAUCCCUCGCAAGUUGAGAGUGGGUUAUCCUACUGUUCUUGGUGGUCUGUCGUGGGCUUCUUUCUUCUCUGUUCCAUCUCUCAGGGCUCAUUGCGAUACGUGGUGUGAUCUUUCCACUCUCUUCCGGCCUUCCAAUUGUCUUCUCAGUGUCCGUCCCCCAUCCCACCGCAAACACAAUCGCAUCUUAUACACUAUGAGCGCACCGGUCACGUUUGGAGGCGAGCAAUACAAUGCCACUACGGGUCAACCUAUCGAUGCGCCGAAGAAGCCUCAUCUCUACAUUGGCAACCUGUCACCUCGUGUCACCGAAUACAUGCUUGGAGAAAUCUUUGCAGUCGCUGGACCCGUCGUGACUGCGAAAAUCAUACAGGAUAGAAACUUCCAACAUGGAGGGUUCAACUAUGGCUUCGUCGAGUACACGGACAUGCGGUCUGCAGAGCAGGCUCUUCAGACCUUGAACGGACGAAAGAUUUUCGAAGCGGAAGUGAGGGUCAACUGGGCGUAUCAAGGCCAACAGAAUAAGGAGGAUACACAACAUCAUUAUCACGUCUUUGUUGGCGAUCUCAGUCCGGAAGUCAAUGACGAGGUGUUGGCAAAGGCUUUCGGCGCGUUUGGCACCAUGAGCGAAGCAAGAGUCAUGUGGGAUAUGAACUCGGGCAAGAGCAGAGGGUAUGGCUUUCUGUCUUUCAGAGAUAAAGCGGACGCGGAACAGGCCAUCAAUGCAAUGAACGGCGAAUGGUUGGGCUCCCGAGCCAUCCGUGUCAACUGGGCGAAUCAGAAGACUCAGACAGGGGGAGGUAGACCAGGCGGCAUGGGCAUGCCACCGAUGCCCUCAAUGACCUCACCGCCGCAAGGGUCUUCAUCCACGCCAUUGGGGAUGGGAUCAGGAGCGACUGGUUUGGCCCAGCCAAUGAGCGGUUCAGCAUCUGGGUCCGGUGGUUCCUAUUCUCAACCCAUGUCAUACGAUUCGGUCUCACGCCAGGUCCCAGAUUUCAACUCGACAGUCUAUGUCGGAAACCUUAUCCCGUAUACCACGCAAGCGGAUCUGGUGCCAUUAUUUCAGGGAUACGGAUACAUCGUCGAGAUCCGUAUGCAGGCCGAUAGAGGUUUCGCAUUUGUCAAGCUGGACUCACACCACAAUGCCGCCAUGGCCAUUACACAUUUGCAAAACCAACUGGUUCAUGGUAGACCGAUCCGGUGUUCUUGGGGUAAGGACAAGGCGGAGGGGUCGAGCUCUGGCGGCCAGUCUCCGUACCCAAUGCAACAGCCUGGCGCAAAUGCUUACCCACAGUACGGGUAUUACGGAGGGUAUAACUAUGGUCAGACAGGGGUGCCGGGUCAGCCGGGUCAAGGAGAAACUCACAACGGCGGAUGGGAUCAGGCGGCAGCGCAGGCCUACUACAAUAGCGGCGGGUGGGGUAAUUACUACACUCCACAAAACGACACGACGACAUCACAGAACUCCAACUCUACACAAGCUCGCUGAGGGCAAACUUAACGACAUUUUUUCCAUACACUCAUGUAGCCAUGCAGAGACGUGUGCAUAGACACUUCGUGC